AUGUCACAUAUCCGACGCCCAAUUAGCGGCAUUUUGACGCCUAGCCUCAACAGCACCCGCCGCGUUCGUCUCGCCAUCUCACCACCAUCGUCAUGUCGGCAGCAGCAGCGCCGCACAUUCAUCAAUGAGGCACUGACGCCGCUCGUCGACUCGACCGCGCACGUCUUUACCUCCAUUCACAAUGCCGGCGUGCCCUGGUAUCUAACGAUCCCGCUUGUGGCGCUCGGCAUCAACCUCAGCGUGCGCCUGCCGAUGCAGCUGUACAUGCAGUCGCUCGACCGGAAGCGCAGCGCCAUCAAGCCCCUCGUCGUCGCGUGGUCGGUCCGCCACGCCGGAAGGCCGUUCCCCGGCCCGCUAGAGCGCAAGAAGAUGCACGUCGCAAAGGAGACGGAAAAGUCGCGGAAGCGGCUAUACAAGACCUGGGGCGUGCCCUUGUGGAAGCAGUUCAUCCCGCUGUCUUCGAUGCUGCCGUUUGUUGUCGUGUCUGAAGCGCUGCGCCGGCUGUCUGGCGUCUCCAUGUUCGACGCGGCAGCAGCAGUAGGGUCGGGCGCCGGCGGCGAGGUCGUCGCCAAGGCGUCUGCGACGGCCUUGGAUUCGUCCCUGCAGACUGGCGGCUGCCUGUGGUUUACAGAUCUCAUCGCCACGGAUCCGUAUAUGGGCCUGCCAUUCCUCUGCUCGGGACUGCUGGCUGCCAACCUGUUCAGCCGGAUGGGCAUCAAGCAGUGGGGAGACACAAUCAUGGAACGGCCGUCCGUCGAUAUUGCCAGCCAGCGGCUUUUGAGGGGUCUGCUACGAUUGACCAUUUUCGUGCCGCUGAUGCCGCUUUGCUUUACGUACUUGCCUGCUUCCGUCUUUCUGUACUGGGCGGCAAACUUUGCAUUCCAGCUCGUCAAUGUCAACUUUGUCAGGCGAGCUCUUCCGGAGGGAAGGAGGAUAUUGAACUGGAAGCCAAUUGAGCCGAAGCUCAUCUCCUAUGUCCGCCGACCGAGCUAUGAUGCGUCUCAAAAGAAAUAA